AUGAUGCCACGCCCCAACGAUGCUACAGACAGGACUCGAUAUUUGACGAUUGAAGACCUCCCUCAAGAUCUGUGGAAUUUGAUAGUGCGCGAUCUUGAUUUUGAGGACUCGAAAAGUUUGUGUGUUUGUAGCAAAAAGCUAUACAAGAAAAUGUGUGAUCCCAGUAUCUGGAAAACGCAAAGCUACAACCAUUUUCUAUCGUAUGAAUUGACUGAGGAUAUAUUGAGCCUACAUGGCCCCGAGAGCUUCGAUGAAAGGUUGCAACAGGUCCAGAAAGAUAACAAUUGGCACAACUUUUUCGUCUCUAGAGUUUCCUCUGAAUCCAUAUUGUGUGACUACCUGUUCGACUGCAGCUUGAGACAUACAGUUCACGAGACAUAUUGGAAUUGUCUAAAAAACGUACCAGACCGUAAUAUAAGCCACGGAUUUCUUAUAAAUACCCUGAAACAGUUCAUUGAAGAGGAAUUUAAUAAAAUGUCCCGUGGAAUGUUUUCUCACUUCGACUCUAUUAAACUGGCGCAAGAUAUGGCACAAAGUAUUCGUCACCAACAACUGUUUUCAUACAUCAAAAAACAACUCGAGAAAACCACUGCAACAACUGUUAGGGAUAUCCUUGAAGACCGCCAAGAUAAUGAAUACGUGGACAGCGAGGAACUGCUUUUGUUGAUGUCAACUAUGGACCCGGCAUUUGAGAAUCUACUCCCCUAUAGGAAACGAAUGUAUAAAAUGUUAAACAGAGCCAUGGAUAGUAUUUUCGAGAGAACUUCAAACAAAUUCAUUCCCUUUACCAUAUUAGCAGCUGCAGAAAAGCUUUUCAGUAUUUUCGACACAUCGCCAUCUAACGGACAUUUGGAAAGUUUAAUGCUGCCUAGAGUCUAUGCUCAUGAAGCUCCUGCCCACCCUGACUUGCUUUUUUCGAUUCUUCAAAAGAUUUGUAUGGACAGGGGGUAUUUGACAAGAAUGGGGUUUGGCUGCUUAAUAUUUGAUUGGCGUUCGGAGCGAUAUUACUACAUAUCGUCUGGAGAUAAUAUUACUCUUGAAACAGAAAGUAGCCUACGAACCAGGCCCUUUAACAAUACAACGGAAGUCCAGCAGGAGCCUUUAAGCGCUCUUGCCAUAAUGCACCGCUUCUAUGAGCAAUUUUUCUUACACCGUACUUCUUCUUUUUGGCAUGAGAGAGAUAGACGAUUAUCAGACCAGGAAAACAUUAUGCUGAGAUAUCGGGUCAGCAAGGGUCCCAUUCCAGAUGGUAAUGUAGAACACUUUAGGAAAAGUUUUAGCCGGGCUCUACUAAUAAAAGAAUUUGUUGCCGAUUCUUCGCAGGAUAAUCAGGCAAUUAUAAACUCUUGUUUACAAGAUAUCAGCGACAGUACAAUGAAGUUAUUUCCGAUGGAUCUUGCGUACGUAAAAGAUCUAACUGGAUUCGAACCCCCUCAGUACAAGCUCAAGUAUGACGAAUGGCUGUCUCGCCGGUAUCCGUUAUCCAUCUCAAACUUUAAAGAAGGAUCAGAUCUAAUAGGGAAAUUCAUGUUAACAAGAGAUGAUAGAUUGGGCUGUAUUGCAGGGGUCACCAGAGUAAUGGGAUCUGAUGAUUUGCAUAUCACUCUUUUUGAUAGUAUGGGUGACUAUAUUGUAGACGGCUUGUCCUUUCUGAAAAGUUUUGAAUGGGAUGAAGAUGUCAUCGCCGAGUUUCUAGAAACUUCAAUACCAAGGGGCACAGUGGGAUUGAUAUUUCAUUCCAUUGAUUGGGAAAAACGUAAGCUGGGCUUGAACCUCAGAGCUUUGCGCGCCAUUGCAUCUAGAGGCGGACUUUAA